GCCAGGCCUGGGCCAUAGAGACCAGGCCAUAGAGGCCAGGCCAGGCCAUCGCUCACCAGCACCGGCAUCUCCAUCGUAUAAUAUAUCUCUUUCCUGCCCAUGCCCAUGCCCACGCCCACGCCCAUGCUCUACGCUCAGCCCAUCUCCAUCCUAUCUUCUUCUGGAAGCAGCCCGCUGCGGCCCCUGAUCGACACGGGAGUCUCCGGCCGCGCUGCCCGUCGCCCACAUGGCAUGGGCAACGCCAACUUGACCUUGGCACACAUGGCGCAUGCCAUGGUCACACAAGCUACUUUUCAUCGUGCUUUCAGUGUUUAUAACAUACGCACACGCGCGCCUUGAAUUUCCCUACCUGAAAAUAAAAAGAUGCUGGCUGUCUUAGUUGCAUAGCAUACGGAUCCCCAUCACUGUGUGUGUGUCCGGGUGUGUGUUUGUUGUUGUGAGAAAAAUCCUUUAUGCCUUUGUGUGAU